UCGAGUAAAAAAUUACGUGGGCUUACUGAUUUCGCUUUGGGCUGGCUUACUGAUUUCGCUUUGGGCUUUAAGGGAUUGCGACUCGGGCUUCGGGUUGUUUCGUGAUUGCGACAAGAAUCAUUUAGAUGAGCCGACCUCAAAAGGUGACGAUUCUCCUCACCAUUAUCACUUCGGUUUCUCCGAUCGAAAAGAAAAAAUCCGUAGACUCCAUCGAUUCAAUCCUACACUAUCAAUAGUUUCAUUUCGAUCAAUCAAUACCUUCAUUAUGAUUUCGUUUCACCUCCCUCUUUUCCUCCUCCUAUAUAGAUUGAUCUUUCUUCUCCGUAAAAAGCAAAGCCCUUGAAAAACUCAGAUCUCAAGCUAUGGCGAUGAAACGAAAUGGAAAGUCUCCUGCCUCUUCCGACUCUGACGAAAAAGUGAUGUUCUUCAAAGAUGUCUCUCUAGGUCCCCAUGAAACCCGUCUGCGCUUUCGACUCAUCCAUUUCUGGGAGGCUCAGAACCCGGUGAAGAAGACCCUUAUUGGCCUGGAGAUGCUUCUCAUCGACGAGCAGGUACGUCAACUUCCUAAAAAUUUUAUCUACACCUUGAGGUCGAUUUGUGUUAAAGCUAAUUAGUUAUGUUAGAUUAGUUAAUUAAAUCUGGAACCGUGAUUUUGUCGUUUGUGUUUUGUUUUUCUUUUCCGACGAUAUAAAUUGUUUCUAGACCGUGAGAUCCGUGCUUGGGUUCAUUAUACAUUUUGUGUUUUGUUAUUUUUUUCCGACGAUAUAAAUUGUUUCUAGACCGUGAGAUCCGUGCUUGGGUUCAUUAGUUAUUAUGUUGGAAUAGUUAAUUAAACUUUAAGUUGUGCUUUUGACGUUUCUUUCAACUUUGAAGACGAAGCUAUGGUUAAUUAGUUAUGUUAAUAAGAUUUUAUACUUUGAUUUUGACGUUUUGUUAUACGGUUAUUUAGUUAGUUAGUAUGGUUUGGUAUAGUUUUUGUUUAAAUCCGAGGUUUGAUUCUCCUUUUGUGUUUUUGUUAUUACUUUCGACAAUAGGGAACUGUCAUUCAAGGAUUCAUUCCACCAGGACGUAUUAAGAAAUACUUGCCUGAGAAGAAGCGAGGUUCGGUUUACGAACUCAUCAACUUCUACGGAUGGAAGAACAAACCGAUGUAUCGGGUUGCUGAUCAUAUCACAACCGUGUCCUUCGCAUGGAACUCUGAGUUGUCGGUCCUUCACGACAUUCCAAUCCCUUUUGAUGAAGACCGUUUCAGGAUGCAUUCGUAUGAGGAUUUUGAGGCCAACUGUGAUCUGAAAGGUGACCUCUAUGGUAAGCAUACUAAUUUUACUAAAUUUAUAUUUUGAUGUUGUUUCUGUCUAUGUUCAUGUUUGCUAAAGAAUUGAAGAAUUUUAUUGGGUUAAAUAAUUAGUUCACGUGUUUCGUUUUUUUAUUGUUAGAUUAGAAAUCUGAAUUACGUUCUUAAUGAUAAAUGUUAUAGAUGUUCUUGGCCACAUGAAGCUGGUCGAUGGACAGAUUAUUACCGAGCGUCCCACUAUUGAUGAAGCGAAGAUCGCUACCACUCGGCACAUUAUGAUUCAUGUGCAAUCACACGAGUAAGUGUGUUCUCCUAUUUUCAAUACACCAUCUCUCUUUAGUUCCUACGUCCCUAAGAUAUUAUUUUUUCAGAGGACCUGUCAUGAAGCUCUACCUCUGGGACCAGGCAGCAACGGACUUCUGCAAGAAGUUUAAGUCCUACGAAAAUACUCCCACAGUUGUUUUGGUCACAGCCGUUAACACUAAACGUCUAGGAGGUAAUCAUUUUUCCUUUUGGUUUCACGUUUGACUGAUUAUUGUGUCAUGUUUUAAGGUUAUUAAACAUUCUACAAAAGUUUUGUUCUUUUAAAUUGGCUGCUAGCUUUACACUCCUAUCAUCUUUAAUCCUUCUUCCGUCAUUUAACAGGUACAAUGGCACUGAGUUCUAUGUCUCCCACACGGGUUUUCAUGGACUAUGAUGUCCAACCAACAAUUGAUUACUUCGCCUGGUAUGUACCACCGUCUAUAGAAGUUUAUGUUGAGCACACAUUUACGCAAAUUGAAGUUAUUGACUGAAGCUAUGAUUUCUAUUUAAUGUUAGGCUCUCCACAAACCCAGAGAUUGCUAAGCAGGUUAGUGCAGAGGUGGUCACUAAGCGAGAGACGAUGACUAUAUCUGACAUAUUCUCCUACAUGACUCUGGAAUCUGCAAAGCUAAAUACUAAGCUAAAUAUUACUUGCAAAUUUUAAACGCUUAUAUGUUUAUAUCAAAUGCUUUUGGACUGUUGCAGGAUGCCUUUUUUGAGUGCACUGCUACGAUUGAUGAUGUGGUUCAUGGAUCUGCUUGGUACUAUAUUGCAUGCACUGGGUGUCAUAGUAAGGCUACCAAAGGCGCAAACUCAUUGAUUUGCACGAACCCAAGAUGUGUGAAGGAUACCACAGCUGGAGUUGCACAGUACCGUGCAAAGAUUUCGGUUUAUGACAGCAGUGAACAAGGUUUUUUUGUCCUGCUUGGUGAUGCUGGUUUUCAGUUGACUGGGAGGCACGCAUCUGAGUUGGUCAUCAGCUACUUUGAGGCCAAUAAAGACAAAGGCCCUGACCAUGAAGUGCCUGUCCCGGAAACUCUGAUCAGCAUAAUCAGACAGACCCAUAAGUUUUGUGUGAAAGUUACAGACCACAACUUCUCUGGCAACACCCGAGCUAUCACUGUCACCAAGAUCCUCCUUCUAGAGACACCAUCACCCACAGAAGGCUCUCUUGGAAACGCCAUUGCUGAACCGUCCAUGGAAGCAGUGCAGACUGGAAGUGACAUGUGUGAGCCUUCAAAAAGCCGUGGAGAUUCUGCAGAUGAAGAGUGUAAGAGAAUGUUUGACAGUGUUGAUCCAGAGAGAGUCAAACGGGCAAGAUGUGAGAAAUGAUGGUUCAGUUCGAUGAUGCUUAAGUCUUUGCAUUGAACUUCAAGUAUUAUGUUGGUUUUUGAACGUUUGCUUCAGUUUAAGUACUAUUUUGGUUUUUAACAAGACUUUGCUUUGUUUCAUUUCAUUUCAGACUUUGGCUUUUAAUCGAUUGAACUAUCCUUCCUAUAUAGUUUUCUCAGAGCAAUUGUUUUCAUAAUUUGAAUUCGUUUAUACAAACCAAAUGAUUUGGCCUCAUAAAUAUCUCGCUAGACUUAAUUAUUUCCAUAUCCCAUAUACAAUUUGAACUCCACGUAGCCAUCACAUACACACAUCACACAGCAGGAAGAUCUUAGACUAUGUUACAUUUUUGAAACUUCUUAAAAUCCCAUAUUCCAUAUGAUCCUAUAUUUAUGUUAAAAUCUCAUCUAAAUAGGAAAGUAAUAAAUUCAUUCAACCAGUAAUUAUAAUCUUUGACUAUAACCUUUCAAAGGGAAAGAAAAAAAGGAAAAGUAAAUCAAACUCUUCCAAAACCCCUUAUUCUCUUGCGUUAGAAAGAAGAAGACUUGAGAAAGACCAAGACCUCAUCUGUUUCUUCUACACUUCCAAGCAACAUUUGUCUGGAAUAAGUUGGUGGUGCGGAUCUCUGUUUUAGCGGUAUGUAUAGCCUCCCCAAUAGCCAGCCCAUUGAAGUGUCAGGUAAAUACCAAAUCUCCUGCAUGUUUCUCUCAAAUAAAAGAAAAUUAGAAGCAUCCAGUAUCGUUCAUUAUCUUUUGGGUUAUAAUUAUUUUGUACCAAGGAGUAUGAAUAUUCAAACCAUAUCUAACAAUAAAUUGGUUUUGGUGGCAAUUGUACUCAUUCAGCAUAGAAAGUUGCAAAGCUAUAUUAUAAUUCAAAAUUUUUUAUAUAAGAACUACCCAGAAACGUUACAUUAUUUAUAUUAUUUAAGUUUUAUACACGUUUUUGAAAGACUAAAUAACACCAUAUCAUUCUUAUAAUUAUUUAUGUUCUUUAUUACGUUGGAAUUAUUCCUUAUGAUUAUAAGGGACAGUUCUAUAGUCAAUGAUAUAUAGUGGCUAUAUAAAUAUCGUUUCAUAAAAAACCAGUAUAUUGUAUGCUAAGUGGGUUUGUUUAGACAGACAAUCUUUAAUUAUUUAGACAACUAUAACCAUAUACUUAAAUAUUACGAACGUUAGUUUCAAUUUUUCACAGACAUAAUAUAUAUAUAUAUUAGUUUCAAAGUCUUCACAGCAAUAUGAAAACGCAAUAUUCUAAUUUUCAAAUUGUUUUCAAUUUGUUUCAUUAUGUUUUACAGGAAAGCUUUAAAGAGAGAAAAGAUAACUAUAUUAUUUUUUUGUUUCCAGUCUCUACUUUCCUUAAUAAUCUUCUUCCUCCCACCUUAUUCAAUCAAACCCCUACGUGGCCACAAUUUUCACAUGGCGUAGUCCAAGGCUCAUGUUACUUUAUCUGAAAAUUAAAAAUAAUCCUUACUAUAUUUGAAAUACCAUAUCUCAUUUACAUUAAUUUAGACUCAACGUGUAUGGAAGUACAUUUAUUAAUAUGAAUAAACAAAGACGUGUAUGAUAUGACCAUUAAAAAUAUCAAAUUAGAUAAAUACUAUACACUUAACAGUGUUUAUUUUAAUUAGGAUAUUGGAUUAAAAGUCUACAUUAGAUUAAACUGAUACUAGGAUUAUGCAAUUGGAAGAAAUUGACCACCUCUAUAUUAUUUUAAUUAGGAAAACUAAUACAACAACGUACAAUUAACAAAAAUAGUUAAUCAAUGUUCAUUACACACUUAUUACAGGAGGACACACCCAAAAACGGAAACGGAGCUGUCCACGUGGAUCACAAAAUAAACCAAAAGGUAUGUAUUUACUAUCAAAAAUAGAUAAUACUAAUAUCAAAAUUGUCUCAUCCAACUGCUUGAAUUGUGUAUCUUUUUACCGACAUUCAAACCAAAAUAUUACGAUUGUAAUCUUUUAUGUAUCGUAGUAUUAUAUUCUAAACAAACCUUAUUCAUUAAACAAACUAAUUUCCCGGAUUUAAUAUAACAGGUGGCUGUGAUGGCUGUGACUCUUACAGUAAGCAACAGUACUAUAAUUUAUUUCUUUUACGCUAUUAUUUUUAAACUAACUACUAUUAAUCUUAAUAGUCAAGCAGAAAAAUGCACGUAAUAUGAGAAAAGCCAUCUUGCUAUCAAAACGGACUUUAGCACCGUCCCGAGGUACACAUCAUGGCUAAUAAAAUCUUCUUAGAUUUAAUAAAUUUAUGGUCCUCACAUACAUUGCUUAUGCCUAGAUACAUUUGCCACACCACAUCCACAAGGAAUGGGUCGCACUCAACCAAAGAAGAAAGGUGCAUACUAAAACUCCCUUAUUUGCUACCUAACCAUAUUUGUAAAUAUAUCUGUAAAUAACAUAUAUAAAAUCUGCCAUUAAACAACAUAUUUUUUAAAAUAAAAUAUACUAAAAUAUAAAAAAAAUAAAUUAUUAUAAGAUAACAACUAAAAUAAAAUAAUUAAUUUCAAAAAGUAUUUCCAACGUAACUACUUUUUAAAAAAUCAACUGAAAAUGAACUUUAGAAGUAAUAUAUUUUAACAUAUCCUUUAAAAAUAUGAAAAAACAAAAAUAAAAAUAAAAAAUUAAUUUUACAAAAUGUAGAUUUAUAAUACUUUGACAUCUGAUAAAUUCAUAAGAUGUUAUAUUAACAAUAAUUAAAGAUUCCGUAGCAAACGUUUUUUCAGAAAAAGCUUCGACGUCAACUCGAUGAAAACCCAAUCGUAGCAUGCUCGAAAUGUGGUGCAUUAAUGCGGACUUCUGAAAGCACCGGUACAGAUCGUAACACAGGUGCACCAACUUUCACCCUUUGCUGUAACCAUGGUCAAAUCAAACUUCCACCAAUCAACCAGCCGCCAGCCCUGUUAGAAAAACUUCUUCAAACCAAAUGGUUUCGAGAUACUAUUCGAGUAUAUAAUUCUAUACUUGCUUUUACAUCCGUCGGAAUGAAGAUGGAUUAUAAUGUGGUCCACGCACCUGGUCCUUAUACUAUCCGGAUCCAAGGUCAAACCCACCACAUAAUUGGCUCGCUCAUACCACGACAAGGCUGUCCCCCGGAAUAUCUCCAGCUUUACAUAUUUGACACAGCCAACGAAAUCAGAAACCGCCUAAAUGCAAUGGGGCAAACUUCAGCAGAAGGUAAUCUCGAUGAGCCAACAUUAGCUCUCCUCAUCGAGAUGAUUGACGAGAAUAAUUGUCUAGCUAAGAUAUUUCGUCGUGCACGAGACCACUACGAAAACGCCGGGUCAGAGUUUUCUAUUAGGUUAGUCCCAGAUAAAGGGAAGGGGAAAGAAUACGAUCUUCCAAGUACAAGCGAGGUGGCAGGUCUUAUCAUGGGGGAUAUAACAUCAACAAUUGGAGAACGAGAUAUAGUGGUCCAGUUUCGAUCUGACACUUUGCAGCAGAUACGUGACGAUCACCCUCAAUAUAUGAGCCUCCAAUACCCUCUUUUGUUUCCGUAUGGUGAAUAUGGGUUUCACCCAGAAAUUCCCCUGCAUCUUGAGACAGGUACUUCAAAAACGAGGCAAUUCGUGACCAUCCGUCAAUACUACGCUUCUCUAAUCCAAACACGUCCUACCCAAGGAAUGACGUUGAUUAAAGGCGGUCGCCUCCUCCAUCAAUUUAUUGUGGACGUUUAUACAGCAAUUGAAGAAGAUCGACUGAGGUGGGCGAGAAAUAACCAAGAGAUCUUGCAGGCUGAGCUCUACAACAAUGUCCUUGAUGCUGUAAGCAAAGGGGACACUGAUGCUAAAAUUAUUGGGCAGAGAUUUAUACUGCCGCCAAGUUUCACCGGAGGCCCCCAGUACUUAGUUGAGAAAUACCACGAUGCUAUGGCUAUUUGCAGGGAAUUUGGCAAUCCAGAUUUGUUUAUCACGAUGACGGCCAAUCCCAACUGGAGUGAGAUUAAAGAACAUCUUCAGAAAUAUGGUGGUGAUUCUCCUAAUGAUAGACCAGACAUUGAAUGUCGGGUUUUUAAGUUGAAGCUAGACCAACUGCUAAAGGAUUUCAAAGCAGGAACUUUCUUCAAGCCAUACAAGGCAGCUCUCCACCGUAUAGAAUUUCAAAAAAGAGGUCUCCCUCAUGCACAUAUAUUAUUGUGGUUAGGAAACUCUACCAGAACACCGAGUGCAGAAGAAGUGGAUGAAAUAAUUUCUGCCGAGCUCCCCAACAAAGAGGAAGACCCAACUGCUUACGACUUAGUCACGAAACAUAUGAUCCACGGUCCAUGUGGGCUCUUCAAUCCGAAGUCACCAUGUAUGGAAAACAACGUGUGCAUGAAAAAGUAUCCUCGGCCGAAUAACGACAACACUUCGAUUGACAAAUCCGGGUAUGUGUUAUAUCGUCGACGCCGAAACGAUGAUACGUGUACAGUAAAGGCUGGAGCUGUACUAGAUAACACUUUUGUCGUACCCCAUAACAUUAAGCUUCUGAAGAAGUACGAAGCUCAUAUCAACGUUGAAUGGUGUAAUCGUACAAGCGCGGUGAAAUACUUAUUCAAGUACAUAACAAAGGGCGUUGAUCGAGCAACCGCUGUUAUCGAGAAAGGAAAUACAGCAACUACAUCUGACGCCACGGGAUCCGGAGGAUCAAAGGAGAAAGUCGUCAGCCAGCGCAAUGAGAUCCAAGACUACAUCGAAGCCCGAUAUUUAUCAGCUUGUGAGUCUAUGUGGCGGACUUUCGCAUUCCACAUACACAAAAGAAAGCCAUCAGUUGAGAAGCUUAUCAUUCACUUAGAAGGCGAACAUAAUAUUACGGUUAAAUCAACAGACAACCUCGGCCGUGUAAUCCGCAAACUGGGUAUCGAGAAGACGAUGUUCACGGAAUGGAUGGCUUUAUGCAGAAGGUUAGCGUUUGCCCGGACACUGACAUAUGUGCAGAUUCCUCAAUAUUUUGUCUGGAACAACAGUGCUAAGGUGUGGACUGAACGUAAGAAAGGAAAAUCCAUUGGCCGAGUCGUAGCUGUCCAUCCUUCAGCAGGUGAUCGAUACUAUCUGAGGGUCCUCAUUAAUAAAAUUAAGGGUCCUAAAAGUUACGACGAGCUAAAAACAUACAACAACGUGAAAUACCCUGAUUUCAAAUCAGUUUGCCACGCACGAGGCCUUUUGGACGAUGAUGUUGAAUGGCUCAAGAGUAUGUCAGAGGGUGCUCGAACAGCCACUCCAUACCAGCUUCGUGAUAUGUUCGUCACAUUCCUAAUCAAUUGCUUCGUCGCAAACCCUAAAGGACUAUGGGAACACUCAUGGAAAUCAAUGAGCGAGGACAUACUUCACAAGAGGCAAAGAAUCUUGGGUCACGCAAAUCUGGAGCUGGACGAUAAGACCCUGGAGCAAUACACAUUGAUAGAAGUAGAAAAGUUGAUGCGCAUGCAAGAUCGCUCUUUAAAUGAUAUUAAAGAUAUGCCGAAGAUCAACCAUGUUUUGCUCAAAGAAUUGGGGAACAGUCUGUGGAACCAAGAAAUGGAUUACGAUCUUCCUGAGGAAACACUAAGACAUGACAAGCAGUACAACCUACUCAAUGCUGAACAGCUUGCAAUCUAUGGUUCAGUCUUAGACUCUGUUGAUAAAAAAGAGGGAAAACUUUUCUUCGUAUAUGGCGCAGGAGGCACAGGAAAAACAUUCCUUUACUAG